AUGAGCGCUGACGACAACGACAGUCUGUGGCUGCAGAAGAGCAUUCACAUCUCGGACCCGAUCCCAGAGACCGGCGAGAAGGCGCAUCUUCAGAAUGAUGGAAAACAGGAGGAGCCUAAAAGUGCAUCAAAAAAGACGGCAGACCCUGAAAUUGAAUUGACGAGGACACCGUUCAGUAUAAAUUCUUUGCGACCAAUGCAUUGCCCUUCGCAGCGUCUCUCCUGUCGUCUUUCAAUGGCAAACUCGGCCUUUGCUUCUUUCCAGGAGCUUGAUGAGUUACGCGCACGCGUGAGCCAAAUGACGCGCGAGCGUCUCAAGUGGUCGAAUGUCCAGCGUGACCUGGAGAUCGCACGAUUUGAACUGACGCAGGCGCGGGAGGAGCUAAAAACUGUGCGGGAUUACGUGAAAACGAUGAGGGAGGAGUUGGAUGGGGCAAACAGUCGAGCGGAUCGUGAGACGAGAGAGCGGCAAACGCUUGAAACACAAUUAAACGAUGUUAUGGAAAAGCGGAGGGCGGAAACACAAUUUUUAAAGCAAAAGCUUGAUGAUGUGGAGGCAGAACACACCCGGCGUCUUGCGGAGAUGGCUGAGCGGACAGAAUUAGAGUGUAACUCGCGCAGCGAGACCUUGCGGGGUGAUGUGGCCAAACUUUCAGAGGAAAUAGAGGAACUAGAGGCAAGAAGCAUCCAAUUAGAUCGGGAGCGUAUGCAGUUCUACAAGGAAAAUGAGGAAUUGCGUGGACAACUGAAGGGCAUUCAGGAAAAGUACGAUGACUCCAGGCGCGCUGUAGAAGAAUAUUCCAGACGCUGCAUCGAGCUGGAGAAGAUGCAUGCGGAGUUUGUGAAGGAGACUGAAAAAUCACACGCGGAGGUGUUGAACUCUCACAUGACGCUAAGCGAUGAACGCGUACGCCAGAUUACUGAGUCGAAGGAUGAAAUGGUAAAGGACCUUCGAGAUGAAUUGCAGGCACAAAAGGAGAAAUCCCGUGCCCUCAUUGACGAUCUUUCGUCGUUGCGUCAUCGGUGCCAGAUUGCGGAGGAGGAGUUGAAGCAGCAAGGCUUGGAUCACCAAAAGGAAAUUAAACGACUUCUUGAUGAGCAUCGUCUUGCCCUCUGCCAACAACAACUGCAGACGGAAUCGCUUCUGCGUGAGGCGAAGGGGGGCCGGCUAUCGAUGGAGGAAGAGCGCUCCUCUUUGAAGCGUCAACUUACGAGGACGUCCGAAGAACUCUCCACCGUGACCACCAUUCUUGCUCAACGGGAGAAGCACAUCAGUCACUUGGAGAAGGAGCUUGCCACGGCAAAGGACACCGCGUUAAGAAUGGAGCAAGAAAAUAUAUCCCUUUCAAAAGAGGCAGAGGCGGCACAGGAGGCUCUGGCCCACGCCGAAGAACGGGUUCAACGGCUCAUGGAGCAACAAGACACAUCGGAUGCUGAUUACGCAAAGGACUUGCGAGAACUAAAGGAUCAGCUUGCUACCACCCAAGAAGAACUUGUGCGUGUGAGGGGUGAGCUUUCAUCUACCGCGCAAGAGAAAAUGAGGCAUGAGACAGAGUGCAGAGGUGUAAUCUCUGGGCUGCGAACAAAGUUGGAGGAGGCACGAUAUGAUGCAGACGCCAUGCAGCAACUCACCCGUGAAAAGAAGCACUUGGAUGAGAUUGCGGAGGAAUACAGGGGAAAGUAUCUUUCCAUGUGCAAGAAGGUGGAAAAUCUUGAUAUUGAGCUGACGGCCGCGACAAAUCGGUGCACGCUGCUGGAAAAACGUCUGGAUGAGGAGCUACGCCGUUCACUACGAAAUGUCUCCACGUCUCCCACUCCACAAAGACAAAAUGGCGUGGAAAAAAGACUUCGGAGUGCAUCAUCGGUGAAUGUGCCACUAUCCUUGACAACGCACCCGAGAAAGAAGAGCCGAUCAGUCGAACCACGUGUUUUUACCAUCAGUGGAUUUGAUGCAUCGGAGUUGUUGACUGAAAUUAAGCAGCUGCCCCAUGCAACAGUUGCUGAGUGUCGGUCAAACACACCAGUUCCCUCCAAUUUGACGCACCUGAUCACAAAUGGUCAGCUAACUAUCAAAUUACUCACAGCUCUGGUGCGUGGGUGUUGGAUAUUGCCAGAUGUUUACGUGCGUGACUCGGUGCGGGAUCAACGGUGGCUUGAUGAGAGCGCCUAUGGCUUUCGUCACGAGCGUCCUCCGCUCUUCCAAAAACGCAUUGGAUUUACCGAGGGAUUCAUUUCUUCCAGGCAUUACAACACUGCCAAACUCAUUACGGACGAGGGCGGUGCCACUGUGGAGACUGAGUUGCGUGUUGCAGACAUAGUCUUAUGCACUCACGCUGAACAUGGCACUUUAGAAGAAUGCACGCAUGCAAUGACGUGGGACAAAGUCGUGGAACUUAUUUAUCCGGUGAAGAUUGGCGAAACGCAAUAG